AUGGGCACCGUCGAAGGAACCCAUAUGGGCCAACUGUCGGUGGGCCUGCUCGCAACGGAAGUCAAACGGGGAAACGACGACGAGGAGACGGAAGCAAGGGAGACAUAUAAAAGGGGCCUCAGGGAAAUCAUAACCAGAGUUUACGUGGGGGACUACGAGGACUCCAAGAACAUCCUGCUCCUCAGCAGCAUCGGCAUUACGCACAUCAUAAUCGUAAGGUGCAAAGAAGAACAUCAAACAGCUAGGAUCAUUUACCCACAUAAGUUCGAGUAUUACAUCAUCGACCUGGACGACCAUUAUGACUGCACGCACUGUACUCAUUUGAAAUUUCUGCUCGAUGAGAUCCUCUUUGAAAAUGGCCAAAAUAAAGUCUUUAUCCACAGCUACUUCUCCCUUGAUAAAAUUCUCUCCCUCUUGGUAUUCUACAUCGCGACGACGCUAAACCUCGACGUGGAGGACGUCCUGGCCUACGUGAAGAAAAUCGUCCCUGAUUUUUCCAUGGAUACAGGUGAGAGGGAUAUUUCCUUUUGGUUGUUAUAA